AUGCCUCUGCACCAGUUCGAUUACAUCUUCGCUUUGGGCACUCUCUUUGCUUUCCUUGACGCGUGGAACAUUGGUGCGAACGAUGUCGCUAACGCCUUUGCGACCUCGGUGUCGUCCCGAUCCCUCACUUACCUUCAAGCUAUGUGUGUUGCCUCAGUUAUGGAGUUUGCUGGCAGUGUCGCCGUCGGCGCCCGCGUUGCAGACACCAUCCGAACUAAGAUCGUUGACCCAGAUCUGUUCGAAGACAAUCCUGCCAUGCUCAUGUUGGGUAUGAUGUGCGCUGUCAUCGGCUCAUCAGUCUACCUCACGGCUGCAACUAAACUUGGUUUUCCUGUUUCAACAACUCAUUCUAUAAUGGGUGGUGUUAUUGGCAUGGGCAUUGCUACUGUCGGGGCCAGUCAGGUUACCUGGUGGGGCGGAGAUGUCAACUCGGGAGUUGUUUCGGUCUUCCUAGCCUGGAUCAUCGCACCGUUUUGCUCUGCAGGCUUCGCAUCUAUCAUCUUCCUCACCACCAAAUAUGUGGUCAUGGUCCGUCGCAACCCUCUUAUGAAGGCGCUGAUUUCCAUUCCCGUCUACUUUGGGGUAACGUCUGCCCUCAUCACAAUGCUUAUCGUCUGGAAGGGUGGUUCCUCCCGCAUCAAAAUUAAUAACGCUGAGACUGUUGGUAUUAUCAUUGGGGUUGGCGCUGCAGUCGCCCUCUUGGUCGCUCUAUUUUUCUGCCCCUGGCUUUACCGGGUCUUGCUCAAGGACGACUGGGAACUCAAGUACUACCACAUCUUUUUAGGACCCCUUCUUCUCUCGCGCCCGGAGCCUACCCCUCCACCGGAGGGAUUUCAGGUCGUCAAGGAUUACUACCGCGGUCACAAGACCAUGGACGAGCUGAAGGCAUCUCGUGAAUCACAAAUUCACGCGGGACUGGAAGACGAAGAAAACGCCGCACACGUCUUGGAGAAACGUUUCCCUGUCCCCGAUAAUGGUGCCGGAUCCGAGCGCGACGACGGGAAAGCUAGUCCAGCCGCGGAGCCAGCGGUCGGCGAAAAGAAUCCAGACAAAUUCGAAAUCAUUGGCCCCCGCCCGGAUGGAGGCAUGUUUUCUACGGCCGUUCUAUUCUGGCAGUUCAAGCGCAUCUUCUUCCGAGGCGUGGAGCAAGACAUCAUCGCUCAACAGAAGAAGGCUACCAUCUUAAGUGGCGAUAUUGAAACCACCCACGCUUAUGCCGCGCACUACGACAACAAGGCUGAAUAUCUGUACUCAUUCUUGCAGGUCUUGACUGCCUCAGCUGCUUCAUUUACUCACGGAGCCAAUGAUGUGUCCAAUGCCAUUGGACCUUACACCUCAAUAUAUCACAUCUGGAACACAAACGAGUUGGGUAGUAAAGUUCCUGUGCCUUACUGGAUUUUGGUCUUUGGCGGUGCUGCUAUUGUCAUUGGUCUGUGGACUUAUGGCUACAACAUCAUGCGCAACCUAGGCAACCGUAUCACCCUCCAUUCUCCUUCCCGUGGCUUCGCGAUGGAAUUGGGAGCCGCCAUCACUGUGAUCAUGGCUACCCGUCUGAAGUUACCCGUCUCCACCACACAGUGUAUCACUGGAGCCACCGUUGGUGUUGGUCUCUGUUCAGGAACAUGGAGAACUAUCAACUGGCGCAUGGUUCUUUGGAUCUACGGCGGAUGGAUUAUUACCGUGCGUCCCCAAAAUUUCAUGCUUCUGGAUAAUUGA